AUGGUCAACUACAAGCUAACGUACUUCGAUGGACGUGGUGUUGCAGAGACUGCACGUCAGCUUUUCGCCCUCGCCGAUCAGAAGUUCGAGGAUGUUCGCUUGACCAGGGAAGCCUUCGCUCCACUGAAAGAGUGUAGGUAUUCUUAUUCGGAUUGUUUUGCUCAAGGAAUCGAUGCACUAUUUUCAGCCAUGCCAUUCGGACAGAUGCCAGUGCUCGAAGUUGAUGGUAAAAAACUGGCCCAGUCAUUGGCGAUCAACCGCUACUUGGCAAAGACCUUUGGUUUCGCUGGCAAAGACGACUUCGAAUCAGCCCUCAUUGACUCGCUGGGCGAUCAGUACGCUGAUUACCGCGCUGAAAUGAAGAGCUAUUACUAUGCAGCACACGGCUUCAUGCCUGGAGAUCCAGAGAAGCUGAAGACUGAGGUGCUACUGCCGGCUCGGGACAAAUUCCUUAAGCAUAUCACCAACUUCCUCAAGAAUAAUGCCUCUCAUGGUUUCGCUGGCAAAGACGACUUCGAAUCAGCCCUCAUUGACUCGCUGGGCGAUCAGUACGCUGAUUACCGCGCUGAAAUGAAGAGCUAUUACUAUGCAGCACACGGCUUCAUGCCUGGAGAUCCAGAGAAGCUGAAGACUGAGGUGCUACUGCCGGCUCGGGACAAAUUCCUUAAGCAUAUCACCAACUUCCUCAAGAAUAAUGCCUCUCAUGGCUAUCUGGUCGGCGACAAAAUCAGCUGGGUAGAUGUCCUAAUCGCUGAACACAUGGCCGAUAUGUGCAGGAUGGUCCCGGAGUUUCUUGACGGAUUCCCAGAGGUCAAGGCUCACAUGCAAAAAGUGCAGGAGAAUCCAAAAAUCAAGAAAUGGAUCGAAACUCGUCCAAAGACUUCGUUUUAA